UCUCUUCCUUCACGCACGGCUUGCAGUCCACGAACACAUCACCCACGCGUGUGUCUACCAAACCGUGUCCAGCCUGAGCUCCCCGCUCCCAUGUUUUGAGUCAGCUCGCUCCAAGUCGGAGACGGUUCACCAUGUCCACCGGGUCUCUCAGUGACGUCGACGACGAGCUCCUGGACGGCAUCCUGAAGUUUGGCUCCUCCGGCAAAGACUCCAACGAGAGCACAGAGGAGAGCUCCAACUGCGAGGGCCCGUGCGCAAACGACGAACAGAGGAUCGCGCCGGGCAAGAGGAGGAAGACCGCGUCCCGGAAAAAGGCACGUAAGGGUGGGGCACAGCAGGAGGGCAAGCAGGUGCAGAGGAACGCGGCCAACGCGCGCGAGAGAGCGAGGAUGCGCGUCCUGUCCAAAGCCUUCUCCCGGCUGAAGACGUCUCUACCGUGGGUACCAUCGGACACCAAGCUCUCCAAACUGGACACGCUGCGCUUGGCGUCCAGUUACAUCGCGCACCUCCGGCAGAUACUCGCCAACGACAAAUACGAGAACGGAUAUAUUCAUCCAGUAAACCUGACGUGGCCUUUCAUGGUGGCUGGCAAACCGGAGAACGAGUUGAAGGAGAUGCUGAACACAACGAGGUUAUGUGGCACAACUGCAUCCUGAUGCACCCGAGCGCCAGGCCACGUUUCAAAGGGGGAACAAUGACUCGUAUACGAAGAAAGACAAAGCAAAAAAAAACAAAAAACAAACAAACGCCAGUGUCUGAAAUGUCAUCUCCGCAGAUUUUUGAGUGGGAAUAACGGAAGAGUGCGUCCUCUUCCCUUCGUUCCUGUAAAACAAGCUGAACUUUAUUUAAAUGCACUCCUGUCUCUCGUUCGUGUCUUUGCUGGUUCAAAGAUAAACAGCGUGCAUUAAAUAGCUUAUUUUUUUUAAAAAAUACUCUGCAGAGGCAUUUUUCUUUUUCUUUUUUACAUAAUUCAUGCAGGCCCAUUUGGCAGCUGCAUUUUGAUGGAUGUGCACAUGCAUGUCCACUGUCUCCAAUGGUUGUACAGAUUAACAUGUAUAUAAAAAUAUAUUUGUAUCA